AGGUUCUAUUUAAGGCCAAUCUCACCCAUUUCUUCAAGCCUCUUUAAAAAAACUCUCCAUUAUUGCAGCUUUUUAAUUGAAGUGGUGUUUGAUUAAUGCAAUGAUUUCCACUGGGGCAGAAGCAGAAGAGGAAUAUCGAGAGAAGGAAGCAUAUGAGAUUGCGGAAACCAACCAGGGUUUUGAGUCAAAGCAAAGUGAUCAUGAUGAUGGUAAAGGAGUAGCUGAUCAUCAUGAAGAUGAUCAUUUGGGAGACUGGUUGAGCUUGAGCCUCAAUAAAAAAGAUCCAUCGUCAAAACCGGGCAGUAGUAGUAGCAGCAGCAAUAAGGUUUUCUCAUGCAACUUCUGCAUGAGGAAGUUCUAUAGCUCACAAGCCUUGGGAGGCCAUCAGAAUGCACAUAAAAGAGAAAGAGGAGCUGCAAAGAGGUACCAAUCUCAUAGAAUGAUGAUGACAACGAUGAUGGGGUUUCCCAUCAAUACUGUAGCGGCUCGUUCACUUUGUGUUCAGCCUCAUUCACUGGUGCAGAAGCAAACCAGAGAUGGAUCUUCAACGGUGGCUCGCUCCGGCUUCGAUGGUUUUAGCACUGGUUUUGGAGUGUCGUGGACACCAUUCAUGCUUGAAAAUGCCAUGGAUAUGUUUUGGCCCGGAAGUUUUCGGGUGGAACACAGAUUACCAAGUAGUACACAUGAUCAUCAUCAAUCAGAUCAUGUACACAAUAAACAGCUCGACUUAAAUUUACGGCUGUAAUUCCAGUUUUGCUUAAUGCUUCAUCUUGUUGUAAUUUUGAAGCUAAAUUCUUGUUGUUUCAUUUCUCCAUCCAAUAAAUACAUGUUUCGAUCA